AUGGCCAACUACUACGAGGUGCUGGGGGUGGCGGCCAGCGCCUCCCCGGAGGACAUCAAGAAGGCCUACCGCAAGCUGGCCCUGCGCUGGCACCCCGACAAGAACCCCGACGACAAGGAGGAGGCCGAGAAGAAGUUCAAGCAGGUGUCCGAGGCCUACGAGGUGCUGUCCGACGCCAAGAAGCGCUCGCUCUACGACCGCGCGGGCGCCGGCGGCGGGCGGGCGGGCGGCCCCGCGCGCGGCCCCUUCGGCGCGGGCUACCCCUUCCGCAACCCCGAGGACAUCUUCCGCGAGUUCUUCGGCGGCCUCGACCCCUUCUCCUUCGACCUGUGGGACGGCCCGCCGGGCGAGCGCACGGGCCGCGGCGCGGGGCUGCGCGGCGUGCUGGCGGCCGGCUUCGGCGAGUUCCCCGCCUUCCUGGAGGCCUUCUCGGCCUUCGACGGCCCGGGCCGCGGCGCCUCGGGCCGCGCCGCCUCCUCGGCCGCGUCCUGCGGGGGCCCGGGCGCCGGCAGCUCCCGCUUCAAGUCGGUGAUGUCCUCCACCGAGAUGGUCAACGGGCGCAAGGUGACCACCAAGCGCAUCGUGGAGAACGGGCAGGAGCGCGUGGAGGUGGAGGAGGACGGCCAGCUCACGUCGGUCACCAUCGACGGCAAGGAGCAGCUCCAGCGGGUGGGCGGCAAGUGAGCCCCCCGCCCGCCGCGCCAAUAAACGGGCCUGAGCUCCGCAGCCGCGCCUCUGUCCGGGAGGGAGCGGGCGGCGCCGGUCCCGCAGGCGGUUUGCGGGCUCCGGGCGGUGCCUUCUGGGCCGGCGGGGGAGCUUCCGGGGCCCCGCAGGGAUUCGCAAACUGCAUCAGCUACCCGCCUUGCUUAAACCCUCGGUGGCUUUCCCUGCUCGAAGCAUUAAGAUCUCAGGCCUCGUCCUCACCACCAGGCCCUGUGACCCAGUCCCUGCCCACCUGCCUCGUCUCACCGCCCCACCACCCUCAGUCUCUGAGCUCCAGCCCUACUGGCCUCCCCUCUGUUCCUCCACUGCACCAAGUGCCUUGCAGCCUCAGGACCUUCACGCAUGCUGCUCCCCCUGGCGAAUGUCCACUCCUCUUCAGGCCUUUGGUCAAAUGUCAUUUCUUCAAGGAGGCCUUCCUUGACACCCCUGUUCUGAGUUAGCUCCCCACCUACCCUACUCUGCUUUCUCAUAGCCCCCUCACCUGCUUCUCCAUGACCCUUAUUUGUUCAUCUGUGGGACACCUUGACAGACGUGUGCCUCCUCA